AUGAUCCUGGAGGUCAGCCGUGGAGGGAGCGGGCGAGGACGAGCGGUGGACGGCGGAAAAUGGCCGGAGACGAAACCGGAGCUAAUGGAGACAAAUGGGAAGACGCACGGCAACAAGCUAGCACGGCUACGACAACAAACACACGCCGCCGUAACAAGACGCUUCCCCGGAAUUUCUGACCUUUGUGGUGAGAGAGGAGCCAGGCACGGUGUCAAGACUGAUAUGAGGCGUUAUUAUGAGCACCUGGAGCACACAUACGCGCGCCAGGAGGGUUUGCCUCAUUAG